AUGGCCUCCCAAUUCAACAAUUCCAACACUCUGCGCCUUGCUCUUGAGGCAGCGGAUCUCGAACUCCGGAAUGCAGUCAAGGGUGGAAAUCUGGAAGGAUUCAUGAAAUUGAACAAUCGGAAGUUGAAACAAUUUAUAUUGUUGAGAAAGUCAAAGACCUUCCCCGAUGCCUUUGUCAAGUUUGGUCCAGAAUCAUUUUUUUGGACUGUCACCAUUGGGUACAAGGCAGCCUUGAAGAAAGGCACCCUCAAUAUUAAGGAGUUUACCGCCCAACAUGCCCUAAUUUUGGAGGAAGCCGCCAAAGUGCACGUCAACUCGGUCCCAAAUCCGAGCGGUGAUACACGCGCACACUCUUCUGAUGCUAAGGAUUACACCAAUCAGGGAGCAUCUCCCCCCCACUCUGGUGCGAAUUCUCACUUUUUUGGUGCCCCACAUCCCCCUCAAUUCUUGAUAUGUGCACCGUGUUUCCGCUCAACAGGUACACCAGACCCUUCCUGCGCAUCGGAUGCAGUGCAAUCCCAUGCAUCAGAGUCCCGCGUGUUGGGUGCAUUACCCUAUACUCCCGUAUUGGGUGGCCCACCCACCUCUCUUGUGUCAUCGGGUGCAGCACCACAAUCCCGCAUGUCCGAUGCAGCACCUCAAUCCCGCGUGUUGGGUGCAGCACCACAGUCCCGCGUAUCGGAUGCAGCACCGCAAACCCGCGUAUUGGGUGCAGCACCGCAAACCCGCGUAUCGGGUGCAGCACCGCAAACCCGCAUGUCCGAUGCAGCACCCCAAUCCCGCGUGUCCGAUGCAGCACCACAGUCCCGCAUAUCGGAUGCAGCACCGCAAACCCGCGUAUCGGGUGCAGCACCGCAAACCCGCAUGGCGGGUGCAGCACCGCAGUCCCGCGUGUCGGGUGCAGCACCGCAAACCCGCGUGUCGGGUGAAGCACCACAGUCCCGCAUGUCGGGUGUCCCUGCUGCCUCUCUUGCCUCGUCGGGUGCGGCUACUAAUUCCCGUUCAUUGGGUAUGACAGUUAAUUACCGCUCGCUGGGUGCACCUGCUACUGCAACACUGACAUCCGUCAAACAUACCCAUACUGUUGAGCAUGAACCCCAAAGCUCUGCAUCAGGCAGUUCUAAGCCUCAGUUGGCCACCAAAGCAACCAAGGCGUCAAAGUUGAAGUCAAAAGAAACUAAGGCAGCAGAGCCUUCCAACCCCCCUACUCGAAAAAUCAUCGAUAUCCACCACGAUCUUGCUCUGGCGUCUUUUGAAAUGCCCGACUCCCCUCAUCAUUCCUUCAAAAAAUCUCAGGGAGGGCAAUCACAAAAGGUGAAAAUGCUAACCGAGGAAUACAACCGCGCUGUCAAGGCAUCCAGCUCCGGUGCAUCGGGUGCUGUCGAAGCAUCGGGUUCUGAGUAUGAGGGGUCGGAGAGUGAAGAAGAAGAAGAAGAAGAUCGGUCCAGUGGUCGCACAGGCUCGAAGCGGAAACGGCAUGAAACACCACCACUGCCUGUGGUGGAUGAGCUGCCCGAAGAUGAUACCCCCCGCAUUCCGCAUAUGACUCCAUGUGAUAGGUGUAGAGACAUGAAGAUCACCUGCCAUAUUGGCACCAAGGCCGCUUGCUUUGAAUGCAGCCACAGUAAGAAGGGUUGCUUUCGCAAUAGUGUUUCUGUGACAGGUCGCAAGGCUAGAAAUACUAAUUUGCCAAAGCCUUCCCGGCAAGUAGGGAAGUCCAAGCGCACUACCCCCGCGGUGGUCCUUUCUGACUUGGAACCACUCAAGAAAAAGCCAAGAGCCGUUGCUCCAGCCUCUGGUUCUGCUCGUAGCUCUGCUACCAAGUCAAACGAGUUGACAACAUUGCAAAACACACCUUUUUCAAACGUCAUUGAAUUGAGUGAUGAUGAGAAGGCAAAUGCCUCCAUUCCCGUUCGCGUUGUCUCACAUCCUGCCUCCACUGUCCCCUCACUCCCUUCUCGUAUUGCUGCUCCCGCUGUCUCUUCACUCCCCCCUCGUGUUCUUGCUCCCGCAGCCUCCCCCGCUCAUGUUCCCGCUCCCUCGCUCCCCCCUCGUGUUCCUGCUCCCGCAGCCUCCCCCGCUCAUGUUCCCGCUCCCGCGCUCCCCGCUCACAUUCCCACUCCCGCAGUCUCCUCACUUCCCGCCCUUGUUUCUGCUCCCGCUGUUCAAACUCCCACUUCCGUUGUCCCUCUCCCCUCUGCUCAUGUCCCCACAACCACUCCCGCUGUCGCGUCAUUGGCUCUAUUGAUCCAGGAUCUGACUAGUAGGGUUUCCAGGAUGGAGGUCAAUCCAGCUACUACUGCACCUCCCCCCGAUCUUAGCGGGCUUUCCUCACACCCGCUCAUUGCACAUCUUAUUGAGCGACUGACUGUUAUGGAAGAUCGUUAUGCCCAUACCCGCCAGGAACUUAUGGAGGUCAGCAGAGCGCAUGAGGAUUUAAAGGUUGAGUAUCAGAGCUUAUCACUACGGGUCGGGUCUAACCAGAAACUUGUCAACACUUCCGAAAACCUACUGCACAAUGCACGAAUGAAGAUUUCAACUAUGUCAAGGAGUAUCAAGGAGUUAGAUAACUCAUAUGCUAUCCUCUUGGAACGUCUUGUGGAUAUGGAAAGGGCUGUUGACGAGUUUCAACAACAAGAAAUCGAAGUGUCAAGGGAUAACUUUGAGGAAGAAAGUGAGUAUAUUUCACCCUCUGCCUCCCAUUCACCUACUCGCUCUGGGUCUCCGAGUGCCUCUUUUUCCUCUCCAUCACCCGCCGCGUCACCUGCUGCACCACUUGCCUCACCCACUGCAUCACGCACUGCUUCACCCGACCUUGUUGGCUCACCUGCUCCCACUUCACCCACUCCCGCUGCCUCACCCGCUCCCGCUGCCUCACCCGCUCCCGCUGCCUCACCCGCUCCCGCUGCCUCACCCGCUCCAGCUGCGUCACCCGCUCCCGCUGCGUCACCCGCUCCCACUGCGUCACCCGCUCCUCCCACGUCACCUGCUUCUCCUCCCGCUCCUCGACCCGCCGCUGUUGUCCCCCCCACAGUGUCACCCACUCACCCCGCCUCUCCCUCUUCCGCUCGUGAUGGUUUAGCAACUUCUGCUACUGCAUAUCCACGGUUGAAGCGUUUGACAGGCACCAAGGACGGUAUAGUGCAUCAUUACAAGUCGGAUAUGGACAUUGAUUCAGACUCGCCUGAUGACAAUGAGAAUGGUGGUGACAAAAAGUCGGGUGUUAAUAACAGCUUGGAUGUAGCCUCCCCUUCUGUUUAG